UCUCGAAGGGUUAACUCUCUCUCUCUCUCUCUACUAUCUGGGGUUUCGCUUAUUUUCUCUCUCUACUCUUCUCUUCUCUCUGUUGACAUCUCGCGUUUCUCUGUAUAUUCGAAGCUUCGGAUGUGUUUUCAUCCACCGCUCUUGUCUCUCUCUCCUAACCAGUGUAUAGAAGUAGAUUAAUAGAGGUGUGAUGGCGGCCCUAAGAUCGAGCAUGCCGUCAAGGUUACGGCAACUAUUGUCCAGCGAAGGAACUAUCGGUCCCUCUGUUAAACUCGACUCAGACCCUCCUCCUAAAAUAAAAGCAUUCAUUGACAAGGUGAUUCAGAGUCCAUUACAGGACAUAGCAAUACCUCUUUCUGGAUUUCGUUGGGAAUAUGGCAAGGGAAAUUUUCAUCACUGGAGGCCGUUGUUUCUGCACUUUGAGACAUACUUUAAGACAUACUUGUCCUGUAGGGGUGAUCUACUUUUGACAGAUAAUACUCUAGGAGAUAAUAGUGCAUUUCCAAAGCAAGAAGUUUUACAAAUUUUACGAGUGAUGCAAAUAAUUUUAGAGAAUUGCCAUAACAAGAGUUCAUUUAGUGGUCUAGAGCAUUUCAAACUCCUCCUUGCAUCAACAGACCCUGAGAUUCUAAUAGCUACCUUAGAGACUCUUUCUGCAUUGGUGAAAAUAAAUCCCUCCAAACUACAUUCAAGUGGGAAGUUGGUUGGGUGUGGCUCAGUGAAUAGCUGUCUCCUGUCUCUAGCACAGGGGUGGGGAAGCAAGGAAGAAGGCUUGGGUUUGUAUUCAUGUGUUAUGGUGAAUGAGAAGACCCAGGAGGAAGGCCUGUGUUUGUUUCCAUCUGAGGUUAACAAUGAUUGUGACAAGUCCCAGUACCGGUUAGGAUCAACCCUUUAUUUUGAAUUCCAUGGUGCUACUUCCCAAAGCACUGGGGAAGAUACCGAUGGUUCAAAGUCUUCUAGUGGGUGUGUUAUUCACAUCCCAGAGCUCGAUUUGCGGAAGGAGGAUGAUCUGUCGCUUAUGAAGCAGUGCAUUGAGGAUUACAAUGUACCUACUGAACACAGGUUCUCCUUACUGACCAGAAUCAGAUAUGCUCAUGCCUUCCGUUCUGCCAGAAUAUGCAGGCUAUACAGUCGGGUCUGUCUACUUGCAUUCACUGUCCUUGUUCAGUCUAGUGAUGCUCAUGAUGAACUAGUCUCCUUUUUUGCUAAUGAGCCGGAGUAUACAAAUGAACUAAUUAGGAUUGUGAGAUCUGAAGAAACUGUUCCUGGAACCAUUAAAACUCUUGUAAUGCACGCCUUGGGGGCACAAUUAGGUGCAUAUUCAUCAUCUCAUGAACGGGCAAGGAUUUUGAGUGGGUCAACCAUCAGUUUUGCUGGGGGGAACCGUAUGAUUCUCCUGAAUGUCCUACAGAGGGCAAUUUUUUCACUGAAUGAUGCUAUUGAUCCAUCGUCUAUUGCAUUUGUUGAGGCCCUUCUGCAGUUCUAUCUGCUCCAUGUUAUAUCUUCUUCAACUUCUGGGAGUGUUGUCAGGGGAUCAGGAAUGGUUCCCACAUUCUUACCCCUUUUAGAGGAUUCUGAUCCUAUGCAUAUGCAUCUUGUCUGUCUUGCUGUGAAGACCUUGCAAAAGCUUAUGGAUUACAGUAAUACGGCUGUGACCCUUUUUAAAGAUUUGGGUGGAGUAGAACUUUUGACCCAUAGAAUUCAGGUAGAAGUAAACAGGGUCAUCGAUUUGGCUGGAGGACAUGAUAAUUUAAUGAUUGUUGGGGAAUGCUCAAGGAACAAUGAUGAUCAGUCGUACACCCAGAAAAGACUCAUUAGGAUAUUGUUGAAGGCACUUGGCUCUGCUACUUAUACCCCAGCAAACUCUACAAGAUCCCAGAACUCCCAUGAUGCUUCCUUGCCUGCCACACUGUCACUGAUAUUCAGAAAUGUGGAUAAAUUUGGAGGUGAGAUUUAUUCCUCAGCUGUGACUGUUAUGAGCGAAAUUAUUCACAAAGACCCUACUUGCUUUACUGCUUUGCAUGAAUUGGGUCUUCCGGAUGUUUUUUUAGCUUCUGUAGUUGCUGGAAUACUCCCUUCUUCAAAGGCUAUUACAUGUAUUCCUAAUGGCCUUGGUGCAAUUUGUCUUAAUGCCAAAGGCUUGGAGGCUGUGAAAGAGACUAUGGCAUUGCGGUUCCUUGUUGAUGUCUUCACCUCAAAGAAAUAUGUAGUAGCAAUGAAUGAAGGUAUUGUCCCUUUGGCAAAUGCUGUGGAGGAGCUUCUACGACAUGUGUCUUCAUUGAGAAGCACAGGUGUUGAUCUAAUCAUUGAAAUUGUUAAUAGAAUUGCUUCUGUAGGGGACAGUUGUAUAGGAUCAUCAGGAAAAGUUAAUGGGAGUACUGCAAUGGAAAUGGAUUCUGAAGACAAGGAAAAUGAAGCUCCUCGCUGCCUGGUUAGUGCAACAGAUUCAACUGCAGAAAGCAUCACUGAUGAGCAGUUUAUCCAACUAUGCAUCUUUCAUGUGAUGGUUCUGGUUCACAGAACGAUGGAAAAUGCUGAAACAUGCCGGUUAUUUGUGGAGAAGUCGGGGAUUGAAGCCUUACUGAAACUUCUAUUGCGUCCAAGUAUUGUGCAGUCAUCUGAAGGGAUGUCUAUUGCUUUACAUAGCACCAUGGUUUUCAAGGGUUUUACUCAACAUCAUUCUGCUCCUUUAGCACGUGCCUUCUGUUCCUCUCUUAAGGAUCAUCUGAAGAAAGCUUUGAAUGGAUUUAGUGUGGCUCCAGGAUCCUUUCUGCUGGAUCCUAGGAUUACUCCAAAUAGUGAAAUCUUUUCUGACCUUUUCCUGGUUGAAUUCCUUCUAUUUCUUGCUGCCUCGAAAGACAAUCGUUGGGUAACUGCGUUACUUACUGAGUUUGGAAAUGAAAGCAAGGAUGUACUGGAGGAUAUUGGACAUGUUCAACGUGAAAUUCUAUGGCAGAUUGCUCUACUUGAAGAUGCUAAGCUUGAGAUGGAGGAUGAUGGCGCUGGUUCUUCUGCUGAGUCACGGCAGUCAGAGUUUACAAAUGAAACUGAAGAGCACAGAUCCAACUCCUUUAGGCAGUUUCUUGAUCCAUUGCUGAGAAGAAGGAUGUCAGGGUGGAGUUUUGAAUCACAAUUCUUUGAUCUUAUAAACCUGUACCGUGACCUUAGUCGUGCUUCUGGUCUUCCACAAAGAAGCAUUGAUAUUCCUUCAAACCUGCGACUCGGAGCCAGUCAUCAGUCACAUCAGUCUGGUUCUUCUGAUGGAGUUGGGGCCAGUGGUAGAAAGGAGGAUGACAAACAGAGAUCCUAUUAUUCUUCUUGUUCUGACAUGGUGAAGUCACUUUCUUUUCACAUUACCCACUUGUUUCAGGAGUUGGGAAAGGUAAUGUUGCUUCCAUCUCGUAGACGGGAUGAUAUGUUGAAUGUUUCGCCUCCUUCAAAAUCAGUGGCUUCUACCUUUGCAACCAUUGCACUUGACCAAAUGAAUUUUGGAGGUCAUGUGAAUCCCUCUGGAUCAGAGGUGUCUGUAUCGACAAAGUGCCGAUACUUUGGUAAGGUUAUUGAUUUUAUUGAUGCCAUUCUACUGGACAAGCCAGAUUCAUGCAAUCCUGUUUUCGUAAAUUGUUUAUAUGGCCUUGGGGUUGUUCAAUCAGUUUUGACCACAUUUGAAGCUACCAGUCAGUUGCUUUUUGCGGUAAACAGGGCUCCUGCUUCUCCCAUGGAGACUGAUGAUGGAAUUUUAAAGCAGGAUGAAACAGAUAAUGCUUGGAUACAUGGUCCCCUGGCCAGCUAUGGUAAACUUAUGGAUCACCUGGUGACUUCAUCUUUCAUUUUAUCUCCAUUUACAAAGCACUUGCUUACACAACCUCCAAUAAAUGGGGAUACUCCAUUUCCAAGGGAUGCUGAGACAUUUGUAAAGAUUCUCCAGUCCAUGGUUCUUAAAACAGUCCUACCUGUUUGGACUCAUCCUCAGUUUACUGAUUGCAGCUAUGAUUUUAUUGCCACGGUUGUGUCUAUAAUCCAGCACAUUUAUUCUGGGGUUGAAGUUAAAAACAUUUCUAGCAACAGUGGGCCCCGUACAGCUGGUCCUCCACCAAAUGAAUCAACUAUUGCGACAAUUGUCGAGAUGGGGUUUUCUAGGUCCAGAGCAGAAGAAGCUUUGAGGCACGUUGGAUCAAAUAGUGUGGAGCUGGCUACGGAAUGGCUAUUCUUGCAUCCAGAGGAAACCCAAGAAGAUGAUGAACUUGCUCGUGCACUAGCUAUGUCUUUGGGGAACUCUGCAUCAGACACAAAGGAAGAUGUUGCUAUUGAAAAUAGUCAACAAAUUGAAGAAGAGAUAAUUCAACCCCCUCCUGUGGAAGACUUGUUAUCAAUAUGUACAAAGCUUUUACAAAUGAAAGAAUCUAUUGCUUUUCCACUUCGGGACCUUUUGGUUAUGUUAUGCUCUCAAAAUGAUGGUCAAUACCGGUCAAAUGUUGUCAUGUAUAUUAUAGAGCAGGUGAAGCUUUGUAAUUCCGACAGUGGAAAUGGUAACAUGCUACAUGCCCUUUUUCAUGUUCUAGCUUUAAUUUUUCAUGAAGAUGCAGUGGCACGAGAAGUUGCCUCGAAGGCUGGUGUGGUGAAGGUUGCCACAGAUCUGCUGUCACAUUGGGUUUCUAGUUCAUGUGACACGGAGAAUUCCCAAAUUCCGAAGUGGGUAACAGCAGCUUUUCUGGCUAUUGAUAGGCUGUCACAAGUGGAUCAAAGGUUGAAUGCUGAUAUUGCAGAGCUGUUGAAGAAGGAUGAUGUUGGUGGCCAUCAGACAUCUAUAGUAAUUGAUGAAGAUAAGAAGAACAAGUUGCAGUCAUCAUUGGGAUUAUCUUCAAAGAAUAUAAGUAUACAGGAACAGAAGAGACUGAUUGAGAUUGCCUGUGGUUGUAUCGGGAACAAGCUCCCUUCUGAAACAAUGCAUGCUGUUUUGCAGCUAUGUUCUACUCUCACCAGAACUCAUUCUGUAGCUGUUAGUUUUCUUGAUGCUGGGGGUUUGCCUUUGCUGCUUUCCUUGCCGACAAGUAGCCUGUUUGUUGGGUUUGACAGUAUUGCUGCUACUAUAAUCCGUCAUAUCCUAGAAGAUCCUCAGACUCUCCAGCAAGCAAUGGAAUCUGAGAUACGGCACAGUGUUGUGACUGCUGCUAACCGACAAUCCAAUGGAAGACUUAUCCCCCGUAAUUUUCUUUUAAAUUUGACUUCUGUCAUCUCACGGGAUCCAGUGAUAUUUAUGCAGGCUGCUCAGUCUGUAUGCCAAGUUGAAAUGGUAGGUGAAAGGCCGUACAUUGUCCUACUGAAGGAUCGUGACAAGGAUAAAUGCAAAGAGAAAGAAAAAGAGAAGGAGAAAGCAGUGGAGAAAGACAAAACACAGACUACUGGGAAGGCUGCUUUGGGUAAUAUCAACUCAUCAGGUCCUGGAAAUGGGCAAGGCAAACUUCCUGAUACAAAUUUGAAGAAUGUGAAAGUUCAUCGAAAACCCCCUCAGAGUUUUGUAAAUGUGAUUGAGCUUCUAUUGGAUUCAGUUAUAACAUUCGUGCCUCCUUUGAAAGAUCACUCGUCGAUGAAGGAUACCUCAUUAGCGGACAUGGACAUUGAUAUGACUGGGAACAAGGGGAAAGGGAAGGCUGUUGUUUCUUUAUCUGAGGAAGAUGAGGCCAACCCCAAUAACCAGGAAGUUUCUUCAUCAUUGGCAAAGAUUGUGUUCAUUCUGAAGCUUUUGACAGAGGUUCUCUUGAUGUAUUCUUCAUCUAUUCAUGUUCUGCUUCAUCGAGAUGCUGAAGUUAGUAGUUUCAGGGGCCCUCCUCAACAUGCUCUUACUGGUCACUGCACUGGUGGAAUAUUCCAUCAUAUUCUUCACAAGUUUCUUCCCUAUUCCAGAAGUAUGAAGAAGGAAAAGAAAACAGAUAUUGACUGGAAGCACAAACUAGCAAGCAGGGGUAGCCAGUUUUUGGUGGCGUCUUGUGUCCGCUCCACAGAAGCAAGGAAGAGAAUUUUUAUGGAGGUCAAUAAUGUUUUUAAUGAGUUUGUUGAUUCUUGUACCGGUUUUAGGCCUCCAGGAAGUGAUAUCCCAGCUUUAAUUGAUCUGAUCAACGAUGUAGUUGCUGCUCGUACACCCACAGGUUCAUACAUUUCGGCUGAAGCUUCUGCUACUUGUAUAGAUGUUGGUCUGGUGAGGUCAUUAACUCGUACUCUCCAAGUGUUAGACCUGGAUCAUCCUGAAUCUCCGAAAGUUGUUACAGGACUUGUCAAAGUUCUUGAGAUAGUAACCAAGGAACACAUCCAUGCAGCUGAUUGUAAUACUGGCAAGGUUGAAAAUGCAACAAAACCUCCUGAUCAGAGUCAACUUGGUGGAACAGAUAAUGGUGGCAAUAUAUCCGAGUCUAUGGAAACUUCUCAACAUAAUCAGAGUUCUGCAGCAGCUGACCACAUUGAGUCUUUUGACACUGUCCAGAACUACGGUGGAUCUGAGGCUGUUACUGAUGAUAUGGAACAUGACCAAGAUCUUGAUGGAGGCUUUGAUCCUGCAAAUGAAGAUGACUACAUGCAUGAAACUCCCGAGGACACCAGGGGUGUUGAAAAUAGCCUUGAUACUGUGGGGAUUAGAUUUGAAAUCCAGUCACGUGACCAAGAGAAUCUUGAUGACGAUGACGACGACGACGACGAUGAUGAUGAUAUGUCAGGGGAUGAUGGAGAUGAAGAUGAAGAGGAUGAUGAGGAACAUAAUGAUCUUGAAGAAGAUGAAGUGCAUCACCCGCCACAUCCUGACACAGAUCAAGAUGACCAUGAGCUUGAUGAGGAUGAAUUUGAUGAGGAGGUGAUGGAGGAAGAGGAUGAAGAUGAUGAUGAUGAUGAUGAUGAAGAGGAAGGAGUUAUACUUAGGCUGGAGGAGGGAAUCAAUGGGAUAAAUGUUUUAGAUCAUAUUGAGGUUUUUGGUAGAGAUCAUAGUUUUGCCAAUGAUACUCUCCACGUGAUGCCCGUUGAAGUUUUUGGCUCUAGACGCCAAGGGCGUACUACAUCCAUUUACAAUCUAUUGGGGAGAACUGGUGACAAUACCGCUCCAUCGCAGCAUCCACUCUUGGUGGAGCCUUCUUCAUCACUACAGACAGCUCCUCUCAGGCAAUCAGAGCGUGAUGUCGGCCAUUCUGAUAGGAACUCAGAGAACAACUCAUCACGUCUUGAUGUUAUUUUCCGGUCACUGAGGAAUGGUCGUCAGGGACACCGUUUCAACCUGUGGACAGAUGAUACCCAGCAAACUGGUGGAUCAAAUGCAUCUGCAGUUCCCCAAGGGCUUGAAGAUUUGCUUGUUUCCCAUUUGAGACGGCCAGUCCCCGAGAAACCGUCUGAUCAGAAUACAAUACCCUUGGAAACUCAAAGUAAAGGUGAGGCGAGUCCAUUACAAGAAUCUGCAGGGAUAACCGCUGAAAAUCCUGCCGAGAUUAAUGGCAACAGUGAAAACAAUUAUGUGCCUCUGCCUUCUUCUAUAGCAAUGGAUAGUUUGGGCAAUGCUGAUACAAGGCCUACAAUAAAUGAAUCUCUACAGGGAACAGAUUUAGCAAGUACACUCUCUCAAUCUGUUGAAAUGCAGUUUGAACACAAUGAUGCUGUUGUGCAUGAUGUUGAGGCAGUGAGCCAAGAAAGUAACGGAAGUGGAGCAACAUUGGGGGAGAGCCUUCGGAGUCUGGAUGUUGAAAUUGGAAGUGCUGAUGGCCACGAUGAUGGUGGAGAAAGGCAAGGUUCUGCUGAUACUCGAACUAGGAGAACAAAUGUGUCUUUUGCGAAUUCUACUCCAGUAAGUGGGAGAGAUGCCUCACUUCAUAGCGUAACAGAAGUUUCAGAAGAUCCUAGCCAAGAACCCGAUCAGGGUGGUCAAUUAGAGGAGCAGCAGGUGAAUGGUGAUGCUGAUUCUGCUUCAAUUGACCCUACGUUCCUUGAUGCACUCCCUGAGGAGCUGCGUGCCGAAGUUCUUUCCGCUCAACAGGGUCAAGUGGCGCAGCCUUCAAAUGCUGAACCUCAAAAUUCUGGGGAGAUAGAUCCAGAAUUUCUUGCAGCCCUUCCGGCUGACAUUCGUGAAGAAGUCCUUGCGCAACAAGAAGCACAAAGAUUACAUCAAUCACAGGAACUGGAAGGUCAACCUGUGGAAAUGGACACUGUCUCAAUAAUUGCGACUUUUCCUUCAGAAUUACGAGAAGAGGUUCUCUUGACUUCCUCUCAUGAUAUCCUUGCCAAUCUCACACCUGCUCUUGUUGCGGAGGCGAACAUGUUGCGUGAAAGAUUUGCAAAUCGUUAUAAUCGAACACUCUUUGGAAUGUACCCUAGAAACCGUAGGGGUGAAUCUUCUCGACGAGGUGAAGGUAUUGGAUCUAGUCUGGAUAGAGCUGGUGGAAUCAUUGCUCGUAGGUCUAUGGGAAGCAAGCCAGUUGAAGCUGAAGGAGCUCCUCUAGUUGACACAGAAGCUCUGAGAGCCAUGGUUCGACUGUUUCGUGUUGUUCAGCCACUUUAUAAAGGUCAGCUGCAGAGGCUUCUCUUGAAUUUAUGUGCACAUAAUGAAACCAGAACUGCUCUGGUGAAAAUCUUGAUUGACAUGUUGAUGCUUGAUAUAAGGAGGCCUGUCAAUCAUUUGAGUGCUUCUGAGCCAUCUUAUAGGCUGUAUGCUUGCCAGAGUAAUGUAAUGUAUUCUCGGCCUCAAUCUUUUGAUGGUCUCCCUCCUCUGGUGUCUCGGCGUAUUCUUGAGACUUUGACCUACUUGGCUCGCAAUCAUCCUUAUGUGGCAAAGAUAUUGCUUCAAUUUAAGCUGCCUCAGCCACUCUUACAAGAGUCAGAAAAUCUUGAUAAGGCACGUGGCAAAGCUCUGAUGAUUGUUGAAGAGGAUGUGAUGGAAGGAAAGAACCAUCUGGAAGGAUACUUUUCCAUUGUGAUGCUUUUGAGCCUUUUGAGCCAGCCCCUAUAUUUGAGGAGUAUAGCACAUCUUGAACAGCUACUAAGUUUGUUGGAUGUAAUCGUGGAUAAUGCUGAAAGCAAGUCUAGUUUAUCUAAUGAAUCUGGCAUACCUGCUGCGGAACAAACAUCUGGUCCUCAUAUUUCCACGUCAGUUGCUGAUAUAAAUACAGUCUCUAGUGCCAUAUCCUCUGGCUCUGACAUUACAGCAUCUAAGCCCAAUGACGACUCCAAACCCUCUGCUUCUAGUGCAAAUGCGGAGUGUGAUACUCAAAAUGUACUAGAUAAUCUACCACAAGCAGAACUUCGACUUCUAUGCUCACUGCUUGCAAGAGAGGGCCUGUCAGAUAAUGCAUAUACUAUGGCAGCAGAGGUGUUGAAGAAGUUGGUUGCAAUUGCUCCAACUCACUGUCGCCUGCUUAUCACUGAGCUAGCAGAUUCUAUGCAAAAUUUGACCAAGUCUGCAAUGGAUGAGUUGCGCAUUUUUGGAGAAGCAGAAAAAGAACUACUCACUACUAUAUCAUCUGGUGGUGCCGCAAUUUUGAGGGUCUUGCAGGCAUUAAGCUCGCUCGUUGCCUCAAUUUCUGAGAAAGAUAAGGAUCAUCAAAUUCUAUCUGAAAAGGAAUACACUGCUGCUAUUUCUUUGGUAUAUGAUAUCAGUGCAGCUUUGGAGCCUUUGUGGCUGGAGUUGAGUGCUUGUAUAAGCAAAGUAGAAGGCUAUUCAGAUUUGCCACCCGAUUUAUCAAAUAAAUCUGUGAUUUCAUCAUAUAAACCAUCUGGUGUAAUGCCUCCACUUCCUGCUGGUACUCAGAACAUCUUGCCAUACAUAGAAUCUUUCUUUGUGAUUUGUGAGAAGUUGCAACCUGGGCAGUCAGUUGUGAACCAGGACCUUGGUAAUGCUCUAGUUUCUAAUGUUGAAGAUGCCACCACUUCUACAAGCCUGCAGAAAACUUCAGGGCCUGCUUUGAAAGCAGAUGAAAAACACCUUGCUUUUGUGAAGUUCUCAGAGAAGCAUCGGAAGCUCUUAAAUUCUUUCAUCCGGCAAAACCCUGGGUUGCUUGAGAAGUCUUUCUCACUCAUGCUGAAGGUUCCACGCUUUAUUGAUUUUGACAACAAACGUGCACACUUUAGAUCUAAGAUAAAGCACCAACAUGAUCAUCAUCACAGCCCUUUAAGGAUUUCUGUGAGAAGAGCUUACAUUCUGGAAGAUUCAUAUAAUCAACUGCGCAUGAGGUUGACACAGGAUUUGAAGGGGAGGUUGAAUGUUCAUUUCCAAGGAGAGGAAGGUAUUGAUGCAGGUGGACUUACCAGGGAAUGGUAUCAGUUGUUGUCCAGGGUUAUCUUUGACAAGGGUGCACUACUAUUUACAACUGUUGGCAAUGAAUCGACAUUUCAGCCAAAUCCCAACUCCGUUUACCAAACGGAACAUCUCUCGUACUUUAAAUUUGUUGGGCGAGUUGUUGGGAAAGCACUUUUUGAUGGACAACUUCUUGAUGUUCAUUUUACUCGAUCCUUCUACAAGCAUAUCCUCGGGGUUAAAGUGACUUACCAUGACAUUGAAGCUAUAGAUCCUGAUUACUUUAAAAACCUGAAGUGGAUGCUUGAGAACAAUACCACUGAUGUUUUGGACCUUACUUUUAGCAUUGAUGCUGAUGAAGAGAAACGGAUAUUGUAUGAGAAGACAGAGGUGACUGACUAUGAACUGAUCCCUGGUGGAAGGAACAUUCGAGUUACUGAGGAAAACAAGCAUGAAUAUGUUGAUUUAGUUGCUGAACAUCGUUUGACUACUGCUAUUCGUCCUCAAAUAACUGCAUUUUUGGAAGGAUUUAAUGACCUAAUACAUCGUGAUUUGAUAUCUAUUUUUAAUGAUAAGGAACUGGAACUAUUAAUUAGUGGGCUUCCAGAUAUAGACUUGGACGACAUGAGGGUGAAUACGGAGUACUCUGGGUAUAGCGCUGCAUCUCCUGUCAUCCAAUGGUUUUGGGAAGUGGUUCAAAGUUUCAGCAAGGAAGAUAAGGCUCGUCUUCUGCAGUUUGUGACUGGCACCUCAAAGGUACCUUUAGAAGGAUUCAGCGCAUUACAAGGGAUCUCAGGCUCACAGAAGUUCCAGAUUCACAAGGCCUAUGGCAGCCCUGAUCACUUGCCUUCAGCUCAUACUUGUUUCAACCAGUUGGAUCUACCGGAGUAUCCUUCUAAACAACAUCUAGAGGAGAGACUGCUGCUUGCUAUUCAUGAAGCAAACGAAGGGUUCGGAUUCGGUUGAGAAUAUUGCAUAAAGGGUAUACAUAAUGUACUCUGUAGAUAAAAAUGUCACAUGUCAAAAGGUUGUCAUGAAAUGAAGUUACGAAGUGAAAGAUUGCAUUUGAAUAUUCAAGUUGAUAAGGUGUUAAUAUACAUGCAUACUGUACAGUGUAUGGCAGUUUUUUUAAUUAUGCCAAUUUUUUCUUGUAUACUUGUUUCCUUCUUUUUGUCUA